GGGCUCAGUGUGAAAUAUAAGUUGGAGGCAUGCACAACUCAGGACCUGUAUGCACAGAGCUAUACACAUUCAUGCUGCUCUGUACCUGCACUGCUGAGCUCUACAAGGGAACACACCAGUUUGCUGAAGGCUGCAGCAGCUCUGAUCCUCUAGGAGUAUUUGAAGCUCAGAGAAGCAGGAACAUAGAACAGAUUGACUUCUCAGCAUCUCCAAGCUUCUUAUGCAACCUUUACCUUGGGAUAUUUGAUGGACAUGGUGGUCUCCAGAUUCUUUAAUUCUGACUUCACUUACAAGCAGUGGUCUCCAUAUACUUUAAUUCUGACUUCACUUACAAGCAGUGGUCUCCAUAUACUUUAAUUCUGACUUCACUUACAAGCAGUGGUCUCCAGAUACUUUAAUUCUGACUUCACUUACAAGCAGUGGUCUCCAUAUACUUUAAUUCUGACUUCACUUACAAGCAGUGGUCUCCAGAUACUCAGAUUCUGACUUCACUUACAAGCAGUGGUCUCCAGAUUCUAUAAUUCUGACUUCACUUACAAGCAGUGGUCUCCAGAUUCUAUAAUUGUUACUUCACUUACAAGCAGUGGUCUCCAGAUACUCUGAUUCUGAUUUCACUUACAAGCAGUGGUCUCCAGAUACUCAGAUUCUGACUUCACUUACAAGCAGUGGUCUCCAGAUACUUUAAUUCUGACUUCACUUACAAGCAGUGGUCUCCAGAUACUCAGAUUCUGACUUCACUUACAAGCAGUGGUCUCCAGAUAUUAAUUCUGACUUCACUUACAAGCAGUGGUCUCCAGAUUCUAUAAUUCUGACUUCACUUACAAGCAGUGGUCUCCAGAUACUUUAAUUCUGACUUCAUUUAUAAGCAGUGGUCUCCAGAUACUCAGAUUCUGACUUCACUUACAAGCAGUGGUCUCCACUCCAGAUACAUUAAUUCUGACUUCACUUACAUGCAUUGGUCUCCAGAUACUUUAAUUCUGACUUCACUUACAAGCAGUGGUCUCCAGAUAUAAAUUCUGACUUCACUUACAAGCAGUGGUCUCCAGAUACUUUAAUUCUGACUUCACUUACAAGCAGUGGUCUCCAGAUACUUUAAUUCUGACACCUUUUUCAAGCAUUGGUCAACAGAUACUUUGAUUUUGGAAGAUGGUUGCGGUGCAAUGGACUGUCUGGAGCUUAUAGAAGCUGGGGAUUUUAAAGUAGACACUUCUAAUUUAUUGCAACUUUUAUAUCCAAGUCGUGAUUGAAAGCAGAAUAAGAAGCUUUCUUCUUUCAUGUUGGAUCUUCAGCCUGCAGAAGUAGGGGAUGUGAAACUACCCUGUGCCAGUUCUAUGCACCCUCUUUUGGAUUUUGCUUAUAGGGGCACUGACUGACCUUAAAGACAAGCCAUUCCUUUGAUGCUUAGGUGAUUCUUGCUGAUUUUGGUCAUCUUGGAUUGCAUCAAGGCUACAGAAGCCAGCUAUAUCAACAUGAAUGGUUCAACCUGCCUACCUAAGUCUGGGUGUAUUUAGUAAUAAAGGGCAAGGUUUAAGGGUGCUACAUCUUUAAGACUGUUGAAGUACUGAGCACAUUGGACUGUCUAAAGUCUGCAGAACCAGGAGAUCUAAAAACAGGCGACUCUAAUUCAUUUCAGCUUGGAAGCAAAGAGUAUGGGGAAGCAAACUGAUCUUUAAAUUGCUUAAUCCCUCCGAGGAGCCCAAGUUCAGUAUCAUGGCAUGGGGGUCAGAUGUAACCUCACCUCGUGUUCGUUAGCAGCCAUCAUGCAGGAGGCAGAGCAGAGCGAUCUUCUGGGGAUGUUUCCAUUCUUCUUUGAGGAGAAGCAGCUUAACAGGACCAAUGAGACCCUACAGGACCUCCUGAGAAGUUUCAGCUUUGAGAAAUCAGACAAAGUAGGAGACAGCUCCGCCAUAGUAAGGAUUAUGAUCUCCAUAGUGUACUCCGUGGUUUGUGCCCUGGGACUGGUGGGCAAUGUGCUGGUACUGUAUCUCAUGAAGGCCAAGCAAGGCUGGAAAAAGUCAUCUAUCAAUCUUUUUGUGACCAGCCUGGCAGUGACCGAUUUCCAGUUUGUGCUUACUCUGCCUUUCUGGGCUGUAGAGAAUGCUUUGGAUUUUAGCUGGCUCUUUGGCAAAGCCAUGUGUAAAAUAGUGUCCUAUGUUACUGCCAUGAACAUGUAUGCCAGUGUCUUUUUCCUCACAGCCAUGAGUGUGGCCAGAUACUACUCAGUGGCUUCAGCCCUUAAGUCAAAACGAAGAACUAUAAGCUGCUCUGCCAAGUGGGUAAGUGUCCUUAUCUGGGUUUCUGCCAUUGUAGCAUCUUUGCCACACGCUAUCUUCUCCACCACAGCCACUGUAUCCAGUGAGGUCCUCUGUUUGGUCAAGUUUCCAGUUAACAUGGGUAAUGCCCAGUUUUGGCUGGGACUCUAUCAUGCUCAGAAGGUUCUGCUGGGAUUUGUCAUCCCCUUAUUCAUCAUCACCAUUUGUUACCUUCUUCUGGUUCGUUUCAUCACUGAUAGAAACGUGAGCACCUCGAGCACCAAGAGGAGGUCUAAAGUCACUAAAUCUGUGACUAUUGUUGUACUGUCUUUCUUCUUGUGUUGGCUUCCAAACCAAGCCUUGACGACCUGGGGUAUCCUUAUCAAACUGAAUGUAGUGCAAUUUAGCUAUGAGUACUUUACCACUCAGGCUUAUAUUUUUCCCAUCACUGUCUGCUUGGCUCACUCAAACAGUUGCCUAAAUCCCAUUCUGUAUUGUUUAAUGCGCAGAGAGUUCCGCAAAGCAUUAAAGAACCUCUUUUGGAGGAUGACCUCCCCUUCUCUGACUAACAUGCGACCAUUUACAGCCACCACCAAACCAGAGCAAGAUGAGCAAGGACAUGGCAUGGUCCCCCUCAAUCCCGUAGAGCCUGAUGUCGUCUGUUACCCUCCUGGAGCUGUCAUCUACAAUGGCAGAUACGAUCUUCUGCCCAACAGUUCAACAGAACAGCGAUAUUAACUAUGAGCACCAAACUCCCAAGGAGGUUGAUCCACGAGGGCUGCCGCUCUACGUUCCGUCCUUGUACUGUAGCUGACAAUGUACAGUGUAUGUAAGAUCUCUAAGAAUUUUAUUAUAGAACCUAUGAUUUUUAUAUAUUAAAUAUUAUUUAAGAGAA